CUUCCGGAGCGGCGGUGUUAGCAGACAGACAUGCAGAGGCCGGUGUCCAGUCUACCGCUGAGUUCCAGCGUCAAAGUGAAACUGCUCAACGCGGGCUUUCAGAUUCUUAAUGAUGUCGCAGCAGUCACGGCGCUCAACCUUAGUCGAGAGACGGGUCUCAGCCAGCAGGAGGCGCUGGAGGUGCUGCAAACUGUGAGGAAAGAGGGAGGAGCUGACGGAGAAGAAGGAGGAGGAGGAGCUCCUCUUACCGCGCUUGACCUCCUGCAGAAAGAGGAGGAGCUAAGGAGCAUCGUGACCUUCUCCUCGCAGUUGGACAGCAUGCUCGGAGGAGGACUUCCUGUCGGGAAAACCACGGAAGUCUGCGGCGCACCGGGAGUGGGGAAAACACAACUUUGUCUGCAGUUGGCGGUGGACGUCCAGGUGCCGGCGUGCUUCGGCGGUCUCGGAGGUCAGGCGGUCUUCAUCGACACAGAAGGAAGCUUCGUCGUUCAACGAGUCGUCGACAUCGCCGCCGCCGCCGUCCGCCAUUGCUCCUUGUUAGCGGACGACGCGGACCAACGGGAUGCCAUGACCACCUUUAACGUGGACAACAUCCUGUCCAACAUCUUCCUGGUGCGCUGCCACGACUACGUGGAGCUCCUCGCCGAGGUCUUCCUGCUGCCCGACUUCCUGUCUGCUCACCCUCAGGUCCGCCUCCUCGUGAUUGACAGCGUGGCCUUUCCCUUCCGACAGCUUUUCCACGAGCUGUCACAGCGGACACGCCUCCUCAAUGGCCUCGCCCAGCAGCUCAUCUCCAUGGCGACUAAGCACAACGUGGCCGUGGUCUUGACCAACCAGAUGACCACGAGGCUACGAGGCGGACAAUCCCAGCUCGUCCCCGCACUGGGGGAGAGCUGGGGCCACGCCCCCACCCUGAGACUCCUCCUGCGGUGGGCAGGCUCACAGAGGCAGGCCACCAUCUUUAAAUCUCCAAACCACAUGGAGGCCACGGUCAGCUACCAAAUCACGUCGGACGGUUUCAGAGACAUUGACCAAACGGAGCAGCAGCCGAGCAAACGCCCCCGAACGCUCCCCGAGCAGUCGGCUGCCUGCUCGAGCAAACAGAUGCAGUUGACUGGCUAAAGCUGCAGUCGUUUUCAGCCAAUCAGGGAGAAGCACGAUGAGGACCAUCUUUCUUUGCAAAGGUGAAUAAGAUGUCAUUAAAAAAUGAUGUAUUUACUUUUUUAAA